GGGACACUUACCCUGCAUGUAUGUGAGUGUGUCACUACCACAAAGUGAGAAAGCAAGAGGGAGAAGGGGAAUAAGAGGGGUAACUGAAAAGGAGACAGCAUCAUCUACAUUUCAAAAACUGCCUGCUGCCUUUUUGAAGUUGUCCUUUGGCAACAUAUUUAAUUCUUUGUAAACUGCACAUUUUCUGCAGUGCAACUGGCUGUGGAUAUGGCUGGUUGUCUGCAAAGGACAAGACUUUCUAAAGCAUGGGCUUUUGCUCUGCUUGUGCUAUUUAGUGUCAGCUGCUGCCUUUCAACUGUGCAAGCAGAGCCAUCCAUACCAGCAUACCUGUUCCGACACAGAUCUGGACCUAAUGCUGAUUCGAUUCUGAUCGCAAACAAUGGAAUAAGAGUUCCCUUUGGACGCUCUGUCUAUCUGGACCCUGUCAAUGACCUGGUGACUGAAGUGCAGCCUGGAGAUCGUUGUCACAUCACUGUCCUGGACAAUGACCCAUUGGCACAGAAACCUGGAAUUUUAACCCCCAAGAAAUUCCCCUGCUCCUUUGGCCCUGAGGAGGUCAAGUACACACAUUUUGGAUCCAGGAGCCCCAGCAAAGAUCGGGUGAAACUCCAGCUGAGGUAUGACUCACACACGGACACAGUGGUCGUGCCUUUCAUGCUGGAGGUGGAGGUGGUGUUUCAGCAGCUGGAGGUUCUGACCCGAAACAUGCCCCUGGUUGUGGACAGACUGAAUGGUCAGAGCAACCCAAUUGAUAAAAAAGGCCUGGAGUUUGCAUAUGAAGAUGAAGUCACAAAAUGCAAGGUGACAACACUGAUUGGCGCAGGUGGACUUCCCAGGUAUGGCAAACUUUCAGAUAAUUCUAUUAAUGGCCAAAUGGUUAACUGUGAUGAGUUUGUUAAGAAGGGCAUUCGAUACGAGCACACAGCUACAACCAACUCACCAAACAGAGACUACAUCCCUAUGUUAGUAGAGGUACAAGACAAUGACGGCAACACCAUUCAGCAGGAACACUUUCAUAUCAUGGUUAGAAUUAAAGAAGGAUCUGAAAAUACCCCACCAAAGCCCAGCUUUGUUGCAAUGAUGAUGAUGGAAAUAGAUCAGUUUGUGAUGACUGCCAUUACAAGUGACAUGCUGGCUGCUGAGGAUGUUGAAACAAGUGCAGAUGAUUUAAUCUUUAACAUCACUUCUCUCCUGGGCCCACAGCAGGGAUUUAUCAUUAGUACAGACGACCAAAACCUGCCUAUCACUACUUUCUAUCAGAGAGACAUUAAGGACCUGAAAAUAGCCUACAAGCCUCCGUCUGAAGAUUCAGAUGUGGAAAGAAUUUUUCAGAUUGAAUUUGAAAUAGUGGACACUGAAGGCGCCGUGUCUGACCCAUUCGCUUUCAUGAUUGUCGUUAAGCCCAUGAACACAAUGGCCCCCGUAGCAACUAAAAACACUGGCCAACUGCUGUUUGAGGGCCAAUCCAGACCCCUGUCCAGCGACCAGAAUUUAGAGAUUAGUGAUGAAGACAAUUUAGAGAAUGUGAGGAUCACUGUUGUUGACGGUCUGAAACAUGGAGAGCUGACUGUGCUGGGCUCCCAGCGCAAGUUCUUCACACCGGCUGAUCUGGACGCAGGCAUUGUUGUCUACCAGCACGAUGGCAGCGACACAUACAGUGACAACAUUAUUUUCAGAAUGACUGAUGGCAGCAACGAGGUCGAGUUUCUCUUCCCCAUCACUAUCGCCCCCACUGACGAUGAGCCGCCAAUUAUUAAUGCCAACACUGGCAUCGUGCUGCAUAAGAAUGAGAUGAUGCAGAUUUCACCCUUCAUACUGAGCGCAACAGACAUAGACUCUGAGGACUCCACCAUUAAGUUCAUACUGGAGGCUCCAUACUCAACCGUUGGAGAGCUUGUCCUGAGACAGGUGGAGCCUCCUGCUGACCCGUCCACCUGGAAGUUCAGUGAGACAGACGAGAUGUUUGAACAGGUUGUGACAGAGUGGUUUCAGCAGGACAUUCUUGACGGAAAACUGUUCUACCGCCACACUGGACCUCAUAGUACCACCACUGUGAUAGAUCAGUUAGUCUUCUAUGUCCAGGAUGACAACGACCCACCAAACAGAUCAGGCAAACACACUUUCAUUGUAAAAAUUCAACCAGUUGAUGACCUACCCCCAGAGCUUUACCCUGGAACCAGCCUUCAUAUGACUGUACAAGAAUACGAGCUAACUCCUUUCAAAAAGAAGUUCCUGCGCUACACUGACCUUGACUGUGAUGACAGAGAUCUAAAAUACACAAUCAAAAAGGUCCCUAUGGACACAGAUGAAAAUAACCCAGUGCCCUUAGGUAACAUAGUCCUUACUGACAGUCCUGACACAGCUAUCACAGUAUUCACUCAAGCCCAGAUCAAUCACCACAAGGUGGCCUACAAGCCUCCAGACCAGGAGUUAGGCAUCACCCCUAAAGUGCUUCAGUUCACAUUCAUUGUUGAGGACACAGCUAGUAAUUCAGUUGAUGGCCUUUUCACCAUUUUCUUGCAGCCUGUGGACAACAAGCCUCCAAUGAUCACCAACACUGGCUUCACUGUGGCAGAGAGAGGCACCUACAUCAUCACCAAGAAUGAGCUUGAUGCUUCAGAUCAGGACACAGAACUGGAGAAUAUCAUUUUCACUGUGACCCAGAUUCCUCGCUAUGGGCAUUUGCAGUACCUAGGAAUAGAUAUGUCAAAAGAUGAGACCUUUAUGCUUGAGGACAUUGAGAGCGGACGUCUGGCUUAUAUUCAUAAUGGUGAGGAAUCACUCAGUGAUGUCGUCAAAGUAGAUGUGAGUGAUGGCUUCCAUGAAGUACCCAUUAUCAUCAAAAUCACCAUCAAACCCGUUGAUGAUGAGACGCCCACCAUCAUGUUACCAGCUGGGCUCCUCGGAGCCUCCAUUAACGUGUUGGAGAACGGGGCAACAGAGAUCACCAGCAAUGUCAUCCAGGGCCAUGAUGAGGACACAGAUGACCUGAUGUUGACAUUUAUUGUGGAAGAACCACCCAGGCUGGGUGAGAUCUUGGUGAAUGGGGCGCUAGCAGAGCGUUUUACACAGCAAGACAUCAUCAAUGGAGUUGUUGUGUAUGCACACACCAGUGGUGAAAUUGGGCCUUAUAAGGUGCAUGACUCUUUCAAUCUCACUAUAUCCGAUAUGUCUGAUGAGUGGGUGGUUGGAGGAAACCAGGUCCAAGGGGUCACAGUGCAGGUCACCAUCCUACCUUUGGACAGCAUCCCACCUAUUGUGAUUGUUGGGGAGCAGUUUUUUGUGGUGGAAGGGGAGAAGAACACCAUCACUGUUGACCACAUUCAGGCUGAGGAUGUUGACACCAACAACGAUGACAUCUUAUGCACUAUAAUUGUCCAGCCAACGUCAGGCUACAUAGAGAACAUCUCUCCAGCACCGGGCUCAGAGAAGUCAAGAGCAGGCAUUGCAAUCACUGCCUUCACUAUGAAGGAUCUCAGCCUAGGCCAUAUCCAUUAUGUCCAAAGCAUCCACAAAGGCGUAGAGCCUGUGGAGGACAGAUUCACAUUCCGCUGUUCAGAUGGUAUCAAUUUUUCCGAACAACACUUUUUCCCCAUUGUAAUUGUGCCCGCCAAUGACGAAAAGCCUGAGAUUUUUGUACGUGAGUUUGUGGUGAUGGAGGGCAUGAGCCUUGUGAUUGACACACCCAUCCUGAAUGCAGCCGAUAGCGAUAUCCCUGGGGAUGAGCUUGAAUUUGAGAUCAUCAAAAACCCCAAGCAUGGUACCAUUGUUCAGCAGAUGAGCUCUGGAACAGUCCCAGUUGUCAAGUUUUCUCUCGAACAAAUAAAGGAGGCCUCCAACAUCGUCUAUGAGCAUGAUGACUCUGAAACUAAAGAGGACAGCUUUGAAAUCAGGCUCUCUGAUGGAAAACAUACGGUUGAGAAGAAGGUGCCCAUUAUAGUCAUCCCUGUUGAUGAUGAGACACCCAGAAUGGCCAUUAACGAUGGUCUGGAAGUUGAAAUUGGAGAGACCAAAGUAAUCAGCAACAGGGUCCUGAAGGCUACCGACCUUGACUCUGAAGAUAAGGAACUCACCUAUGUAAUUCGCUAUGGGCCUGGACAGGGCUAUCUCCAGCGCAUUACCAAACAUGGAGAUGUGAUUGGCAACAUAACAAUAGGGAAGAACUUCACACAAGAUGAGGUUGACAAACGACUGAUCCAAUAUGUUCACACAGGCCAGGAAGGAGUCCGUGAUCUCAUGAAAUUUGAUGUGACAGAUGGCAUCAACCCCCUCAUCGACCGAUACUUCUACAUAAACAUCGGCAGCAUCGACAUGGUCUUCCCUGAUGUCAUCAACAAAGGUGUCACCCUCAAGGAGGGAGGCAAAGUGACCCUGACCACUGAUCUUCUGAGCACCACUGACAUUAACAGCCCAGAUGAAUACCUGGCCUUUAGUAUUACUCGUGCCCCCAGCAGGGGCCACCUGGAGUGCACUGACCUCCCAGGUGUGCCCAUCUCCACUUUCACACAGCUGCAGCUGGCAGGGAACAAAAUCUACUACAUCCACUCUUCUGAUGACGAGAUGAAGAUGGACAGCUUUGAGUUUGAGGUGACAGACGGCUACAAUCCUGUCUUCCGAACAUUCAGAGUGUCUAUCACUGAUGUGGACAACAAGAAGCCAGUCCUGACUGUGAACAAGCUGGCGGUGGAGGAGGGCGAGUCCAAGUUGAUCACACCUUUUGAGCUGACGGUGGAAGACCGUGACACACCUGACAAUCUGCUUCGCUUUGUGGUCACUCAAGUCCCCGUUCACGGUCAGCUUCUGUAUAACGGUAGCCAGCCUGUCAACACAUUCACCAAACAGGACCUGAAUGAAAACCUCAUCACGUACAAACAUGAUGGAACGGAGACAAACGAGGACAGUUUCUCAUUCACUGUUACAGAUGGAACACACACAGAGUUCUAUCUGUUUCCUGACACAGUCUACGAGACUCGCAAGCCCCAGACUAUGACCAUUGAGAUCAACACUGUUGAUAACGGCGUGCCACAGAUUGUGGUGAACAAGGCAGCGCCGACUCUUAGGGCACUGCACACAGGGCACCUGGGCUUCUUAAUCACCAGCAAAGCCCUGAAGGCUGAGGACAGAGACAGCCCAAGGAAAUUGCUCCGGUUCUCAGUGGCUGAACCUCCCCAGCAUGGGUUCAUCAUCAACACCGCCCUGGGCAAUGACAGCAUCAAGACCUUUUCACAGGCUGACAUUGAUGACAUGAAGAUCUGUUAUGUGCUGCUGGAUGGUAGCAAUGCCACAAGUGACAUCUUCUACUUCACCGUCGAGGACAACGGGGGCAACAAGUUGAAGCCUCAGCCGUUUAGGCUCAACUGGGCUUGGAUCUCCCUGGAGAGAGAGUUCUACCUUGUGGACGAGGAUGCCAAGUUUCUGGAAGUGACCCUAAAGCGCAGAGGGUACCUGGGAGAAACCUCAUUUGUCAGCAUUGACACCAAGGAUGGCACUGCAGAGAAGGACAAGGAUUUCAGGGGCAAGGCCCAGAAGCAGGUCCAGUUUAACCCAGGUCAGACCCGGGCCACCUGGCGAGUCAAGAUCUUCACAGACCACGAGUUUGAGACAUCCGAGACCUUUGAGAUCCAGCUGUCCGAGCCAGUGAUGGCUGUGCUUGAGUACCCAGACACAGCCACCGUGGAGAUAGUGGACCCUGGAGAUGAGUCCACAGUGUUCAUCCCCCAGGCGGAGUACCACAUAGAGGAGGACAUCGGAGAGCUGCUGGUCCCUGUGCGCCGGACUGGAGACGCCAGCCAGGAACUCAUGGUGAUCUGCUACACACAGCAAGGCAGUGCCACGGGCACCAUUCCCAGCACGGUCCUGUCCUACUCCGACUACAUCACUCGUCCUGAGGACCACACAAGUGUCUUGCGCUUCGACAAGGACGAACGUGAGAAGCCCUGUCGCAUCAUCAUCAUCGACGACUCCCUCUAUGAGGAGGAAGAGAGCUUCAAUGUGUCACUGAGCAUGCCCAUGGGAGGCCUAGUGGGCGCCAACUUCCCCAGCGCCCGCGUGGUCAUCCUGGCAGACCAUGAUGACGAGCCCUCCCUGUACUUUGGGGAGCCCGAGUAUGCUGUGGAUGAGAGUGCAGGGUUUGUUGAGGUGCGCGUCUGGAGGACAGGCACUGACCUCUCCAAAACGGCCACCGUGACUGUCCGCUCCCGCAAGAGUGAGCCCGUCUCUGCUGAGGCUGGCCUUGACUACAUUGGCAUCAGCCAUAACCUGGACUUUUUCCACAGUUUGAAAUAACAUAAUGCACAAUUUCUCCAGCAGAGGGGGAAAUAUAGCUAAUCCUGCCAAGUUUUCCCUUUAAUUUCUCCCUGUCUCUGUUUUCUCUCAAUGCUGGACACAGCUGGCCUUGACUCUGUGGGUGUGUGUGUGUGUGUGUGUGUGUGUGUGUGUGUGUGUGCAGUGCCAAAGGUGCAGUUUAAGGAGGGCGAGUACCGUGUGGAUGAGGCUGACGGGGUGGUGCGGGCCAUGCUGUACCGCAGUGGGGACAUCAGCCUGCGCUCCACCGUGCGCUGCUACACCCGCCAGGGCUCGGCGCAGGUCAUGAUGGACUACGAGGAGAGACCCAACACGGACGCCUCGGUCAUCACCUUCCUACCAGGUGAGAGUGAAAAGCCAUGUAUUGUGAACCUGAUGGAUGACUCCAUCCAUGAGGAGGAUGAGGAGUUCCGUCUGGUGCUGGGGACGCCGAAGAGCAAGUCCCCUUACGGAGCAGCAGUGGGGGAGCAGAAGGAAGCACUGGUCACCAUCACGGACAUCAAAGACAAACCUAUCAUCAGAUUCUCAGAGCUGAAGUACAGUGUGAGGGAGCCCCAGACGCCUGGGGAGAUUGCUGUGGUAAAAGUCCCGGUGCUGCGUGUGGGUGACACGUCUAAAGUGUCUGUUGUCAGAGUCCACACUAAAGACGGCUCUGCCACCUCAGGAGAGGACUACAACCCACUCUCACAGGACGUGGAGUUUAAGGAGGGAGAACGGGAGCAUGUGGUGGAGAUUCAGGUUCUGUACGAUGGAAAGAGGGAGAUUCGAGAGGCCUUUACUGUCCACAUGAAACCUGAUGAGUACAUGGUAGCUGAGACACAGAUGAGCAAAGCUAUUGUUUACAUUGAGGAGAUGGACAGUGUUGCAGACGUCACCUUCCCAGCUGUGCCGCAGGUGGUCUCCCUGCUGACCUAUGAUGACACAGGACGUGUCAAAAAUCACCCACAUCCCCCCAAUGGAUAUCCUGUUGUCUGCGUCACGGCCUGCAACCCCAAAUCCUCUGACUUUGAUAAGACAGGCUCCAUCUGCACACUGGAGAGCAUCAACGAUACCCUGACCCAGUACCGCUGGCUCGUGAGCGCCCCCACGGGGCCAGAUGGGGUGACCAGCCCCAUGCGUGAGGUGGACACAAACACCUUCUUCACCAACACCAAGUCCAUCACGCUGGACUCCAUCUACUUCCAGGCUGGGUCGCGGGUGCAGUGCGCAGCGCGGGCCUACAACAUCAAGGGAGAAGCCGGCCUGGAGCUCAGCUCCCCCAUCAUCUCCAUCAGCCAAGAGGAGGGUAUGUGCCAGCCACGUAUCCCUGGCACUGUGGGUGCUGAACCAUUUUCUGCCAAGAUCCGUUACACAGGACCAGACGACCCUGACUACCCAAACCUGAUCAAACUGACUGUUAGCAUGCCGCACAUGGAUGGCAUGAUGCCGGUCAUCUCCACGCGGCCCCUCUCCAACUUCGAGCUGACGCUGAGCCCUGACGGAACCCGUGUGGGGAACCACCGCUGCUCCAACUUGCUGGACUUCAAUGAGAUCCAGACUGGCCACGGCUUCAUCACUGACUCCACCAAGAACCCCGAGAUCAUCGGCGAGACGUCGGCGUACCAAUACAGCCUGGCGAUGCGCAGCGCCAACUCGCUGCGUUUCUACCGCAACCUCAACCUGGAAGCCUGUCUGUGGGAGUUCAACAGCUACUAUGACAUGUCCGAGCUGCUCAACACCUGCGGCGGCUCCAUUGGCACAGACGGACAGGUUCUAAACCUGGUGCAGUCCUAUGUGACGGUGCGGGUUCCCCUUUUCGUCUCCUACGUGUUCCAUUCUCCUGUGGCUGUGGGUGGAUGGCAGCACUUUGACCUGCAGUCUGAGCUCCGCCUCACCUUCGUCUAUGACACAGCUAUUCUGUGGCAGGACGGCAUUGGUAGCCCACCUGAGGCAGAGCUGCAAGGAGCCAUGUACCCCACCAGCAUGCGUAUCAACGACGAGGGCCGCCUGGUGGUCAACUUUAAGAGUGAGGCUCGAUUCAGGGGCCAGUUUGUUAUGUCACACCCAGCGACCUCUCUGACGUCCAUGGUGAUGUCUGCUGACCACCCUGGUCUGACCUUCACCAUCUCUCUGGUGCGCACGGAGCCCACUUACAACCAGCCCAUGCAGCAGUGGAGCUUUGUGUCCGACUUCGCUAUCAGAGAUUAUUCAGGCGCGUACACGGUGAAGCUGAUCCCCUGCAGUGCCUCCCCCAAUGGAGAGUUCAGCAUCCCCCCCGUCUGCCACCCCAGAGAGCCCCUCACUUUCGACAUGGACAUCCGCUUCCAGCAGGUGAGUGACCCAGUGUCAGCAGAGUUCAGUUUGAACACCCAGAUGUUCCUGCUGUCCAAAAAAGAGCUUUGGUUGUCUGAUGGAUCUAUGGGCUUCGGAGAAGGAAGUGACUCAGCAUUUUCUGAAGGUUCUACCAUCUAUGGCCGUGUGAUGGUGGACCCUGUGCAGAACCUGGGUGAGUCCUUCUCCUGCAGCAUUGAGAAGGUCUUCCUCUGCACUGGUGCGGAUGGGUACGUGCCCAAGUACAACCCCACCAAUAAGGAGUACGGAUGCCUCGCUGAUGCCCCUUCUCUGCUCUACCGCUUUAAGAUCCUGGACAAAGCCCAGCCUGAGACCCAGGCAACUGCCUUCGGAGACGUUUCAUUUGAUGCCAUUCUGGCUCAGGACUCUUCAGAAGCGUUGCCUCUGACGAGACAGGCUGGCUCUGAUGGCUUCACCCUCUCCUCCUCCCCACUCUUCCAGGUGGCCGCUGGCCGGGAGUGGUUCAUCCAUACUAUCUACACCCUUCGCUCCCGUGAAAACGCCAACCGCGGCAUUGGCAAGCGCAGCUUGGAGUACCACCACGCCGUCUCCUCGAGCCUCGCGGGCCAGCCCGUGGGUCGCCAGCGCCGCUCCGCUCCUGACCCCGACGCUCUGGACAUCGGCAUCGAGAACAGUCGAGGCACCAACAUCCAGCACAUCGCGCUGGACCGCUCCGACCGCAUCCGCGUGAGCCAGAGGCAGCCCUGGGCGCUGGAGCCGAGCGCGGGCCACCAGGAGCACCCUCUGGUGGAGGGCAGUUUGGGGCGCGAGCCCGACUCGGACUGGGCUCUGCCCGUGGGCGUGCCCACGCUGCUGGGCGUGGCGGGGCUGCUGCUGCUGCUGUGCCUGCUGGCCCUGCUGGUGGCGCUGCUGGUGCGGCGGAAGCGGGCGGAGAGGAAGAAGUGCCCGCCGUACGCCACCUCGUCCAGCUCGGCGUACCGCGACACUGCCAACGGCGGCUACCAAGGCAUGGCCAGUGCAUGGCAGCGUUCUGACAGCUCAGAGGUUUAGAGGGUGCCCACAGCAGCCCGUUCCCUCUCACCCCGAUAUCCCCCGUCCUGUCCUGUCCAUUCCCCCGUCGGCCAGGUCAGUGGCCUCUGAACAACCCACCCCCCCAAUCCCCAAACUCGGAGAGCCGGUCUGCUGGCUGCCCAUUAAAUUGGAGUCAAAAGAAGGUGAGAGAUGAGAGGAGGAUGUGCUCAAGUAAAAGGCUCUUACUAACUGAUCAGUUCAACAAACUAGAGGGCUUUUCUGUUCAAUAAACACAAAACAAUCAACUAGAUACCCAGCAGUGUUUUUGGAAGGCUAAUGUUCGAGAAAUGUUUGUUAGAGCCCUGAUCAACAAUAUUUGGAUCUACUGAUGGGCCCAUAACCAGUUAAGGCAAAUGAGUGGAACUUAAUUUAGAUCAUUUGGAGAUGAGCACACCCACUAUCUCUUUCUGAUGGUGCCUGCUCCUGUUUAUUUUACUUUAUCAUGUCCCAAGAUCUCCCCACCUUCACUACAACUACAAAAGCACUGUAAUAUUGCCUAUGCAUGGAAAGUCUAGAGAAUUUUUGAAUGGAUUAUUUUCCCCACCCAUACUGGUCUUGUGCUGAGAGUUGGUAGGCUGCUUUUCUCAUCCCUGACACAGAUGUAGGGAUCAGAUGUCAGUAAGGCAGCCAAUCUUCUAUAACCCGUGCAAAGAACAGAAUAGCUUACUGUAGUUAGAAUAGUUGCAAUGCAUAUUCACUGUACUUGUCUAAAUGACUUUCUUCUAAAUCUGUUAACGAUUCUGCUCUUUUCUGUUUAUGAGUGUAUGUGUGUUUAAGAUGCGAUAGCAGGCAAUUGAAUAGAUGGGUAAGAUUUGGCAGUCGGCAGUACUGGAUGUGAUAGAUUUAUGUAUUUUUAUAAUAUGAAUUAAUUAUUGAUGCACUGUUGUGUUUUAGAGCACAUGUCAGUGUUCCCGUGAAAAUAUACCAUGGAUAUGGUGCUAAUCAAAGGGAUUGUAAUGUGUAAUUUCUGUCAUUCAAGUGCAUUACUAUUCAAAUUUGUAAAUGUUUUUAUACAUUUUAUUUUUGUUAUGACUGGUGAAAUGUGCUUUAGACAUACUAAUGGUGCAUUUGUUGUGUACAUAACUGCCUUUACAGUAUACCAUGUUACAAGAGGAUACAAACACUACCAUUGUACCCUGAUAAAACUUGAAGAAGUGAAUCUCAGAUGACCUUAUAGGGACUAGAUACCCUGACAUAUUAAAUUAGACCUGAAUGUGGCCGUAAAGGAAAAUGUAGAAUUUCGGAGAGAAAAUGGAUCCCCUUUCAAUGUAGAAUGUGUUUUUCAAAACAAAUGCCCACAACUGAGAAUGACUCAAAUUGUUCCAUAAUUCAUGAAGUUCAUGUAUUCAAAUCUUUCUUGCCAAAUAUAAAUAUUAUACAUUGA